AUGGCCUUCCACCAUGCCCGUCGUGGGGCUCAGGGAGUCGACCAGAACCUGUCCGAGACGCUGGUUCCCGCCGCCCAGCAAGCCGCUGCUGCUCCUGCAGUUGCGCCCACCCGCUCACUAUUCCAGAGGUCCGCCGAGCUCUUCUCCCGCUCCAACAAGUGUACCACCAGUUCCGAGGCGGACACCUGCCAGAAGCCCACGGACAGCAGCUUGGCCAUUAUCCUCGCCGCCGUUAUCCCCAUCGUCGUCGCCAUCGUCGUCUUGUUCAUUCUGCACCAAAGGCAUAUGAAGAAGCAAAGACUGGAGGAUCUGAACGACAAGCAUAAAUCCCUGGAUUUUGGUCUGGACGAGCCCAUGCCCGCCAGCGGCCGCGCUGGUCGCAAGCACCCCGAAAUGUCCGUCGCCGAUGCCGAGAAGACGAUCCGGAAGGGUGGUCGCGGAAUGUCCAUGGAUAUGUCCAACAGCCCCUAUCUGAUGCCCGACAACGUGAGAGGUUCCCGGGAAUCCUUGCACUCCAUGAACCCUUCCAUUGUCGCAGACUCGAUUGAUCCUUACCGCCCCGUGACCUUCAUCAAGGAAGCUGACAACGCUUCGAUGAUGUCCAAGUCAAACCCCUUCAGCUCUCCCGAGGACCCCAAGAUGCCCGAGAUCCAGUUCCCCCCGCCUUCGCACGUCAAGCCGCCCCCGAGUCCCAGCGCCAUCACGCCCCAAUCCGGUUCCUCCCCGGCCGACAAGGACCUUACCCGCGACUCUUACUUUGAGAACAACCCCGCCAAGCCUGCUGAGACGCCGUUUGCCGACCCCGUUGAACCCACCCUGCCCGAGAUCCACGAGGCCAUGGAUAGCGCCGAACCGCUGCCUACUCCCACGCCCCGCAAGCCUACGCCUCUGAGACUCGAGUCCAUGGUUGCUUCUGUCCACAACCCCCAAACGGAUACUGUCUACAGCAAGACCAGUGAUUACGGUGAUGGUUUCAAGGUUACUCCUCCUUCCCCUGGCCGCGAAGAAUCCGCUGCUACUGCCGCCGCUCUUGAGUCUCAGGGUCUGAACGCCGCCGCCCCUAAGCCUGGUAACCGGAUUUCGAUGAGCCUUCGUCCCCUUCCUCCCAUGGAGGACCCGACCGAGAACCCCGAGGAGCGCGCCAACCGGAUACGUUCUUUCUACAAGGAGUACUUUGACGAUUCCAAGCCCGAGCCCCAAGGCCGCCUCGCCGAGAACGAGGGCUACGACCAAGAAUACAUGGAAGGCGCCAUCUUCGAUCCUGACAAGGGCCACUUCGUUGUUGGUGGCCAGCCGUUCGCUGAGCCCGUUACUCGCCGUGCCAUGACUCCUCCUCCCCGCGCUCCUCCCCGGUUCCGUGGUAACGCUGGUCACGCCUACAGCGGCUCUGGUGGCGCGAGCGGCAGCGGCCGCUUCACGCCCAUGUCGAUGCCCCGCGGCAACUCUGCCAUGAGCAUGCGUAGCGAAAGCCCCAAGAAGCCUCUGCCCCCGCCUUCGGUUCUCAACUCUCUGCCCACUCCCGCCAAGCUGACGGACGAUGCCCUGACGCUGAACCCCGCCGAUUUCGCUCCCCCGCCGUCCUUCAGAGAGAUGCAGAACGGUCGUCGUCCUGACAGCCCCAUGGGCAUGGAGAGACCCUACUCGCCUUCCGUUCGCCCUCACACCCCGCUUAUCUCUGCAUUCGACGAGAUGCCUGUGAUUCCUAGCCCGCACGCACUCCGGAAAUCUGGCACCUUCACCUCGCUCGACUUCGUGCCGCCGCCGCGCUUCAAGGACGUCAACGCCGGCAGCGACGCAGCAUCGAUCCGCAGCAACGGCACCGGUAUCUCGGCGCAGCAGAUGCAGGCCGUGCGCAACGGCGCGUACCGCGUCAGCCGUCUGCCGGCCCAGGCCGUCGGAACCAAGGACGACAUGAUGUCGGCGCUGAAGCCGUCGUGGGAUCUGCGGGACGGAGGCAAUGGACAAGUGAAGCCCAGCUCGUAG